GUGUUCCAAGCCCCGCCCCUCCAACCUCUGCUUCCGGGGCGGAAGGGACCGCCACGUCAUCUUCUGGCUCCGCUCGCCAGCUGGGCAGUGGAUGGUGGGAGUCAAAAUGGCGGCAGCGGUGGCGGCAGCCAGUAUUCGGGAGAGACAGACAGUGGCUUUAAAGCGUAUGUUGAAUUUUAAUGUACCACAUGUUAAAAACAGCACAGGAGAACCAGUAUGGAAGGUUCUUGUUUAUGACAGAUUUGGACAAGAUAUAAUCUCUCCUCUGUUAUCUGUGAAGGAAUUAAGAGAUAUGGGAAUCACUCUUCAUUUUUUAUUAGGGUUUUUUUUUUCAUCUUGCUUGUUGCUUCAUCGAUGUAAGGUGGCAGUUGCAGCUGCAGACAUCACAUCUGUGUUCACAGAUCUUCGGAAUCAGCUCUACGAAUCAUAUUAUUUAAAUUUUAUUUCUGCUAUUUCGAGAAGUAAACUGGAAGAUAUUGCAAAUGCAGCAUUAGCAGCUAGUGCAGUAACUCAAGUAGCCAAGGUUUUUGAUCAGUAUCUCAAUUUUAUUACCUUGGAAGAUGAUAUGUUUGUGUUGUGUAAUCAAAACAAGGAGCUUAUUUCAUAUCGUGCCAUUAAUAGGCCAGAUAUCACAGACACAGAAAUGGAAACUGUUAUGGACACUAUUGUUGACAGCCUCUUUUGCUUUUUUGUUACAUUGGGUGCUGUUCCUAUCAUCAGAUGUUCAAGAGGAACAGCAGCAGAAAUGGUGGCUGUGAAACUAGAUAAGAAACUUCGAGAAAAUCUAAGAGAUGCCAGAAACAGUCUUUUUACGGGUGACACACUUGGAGCUGGCCAAUUCAGGUAUUAUGUUAACAUUUUAGAUCCUGAUUACAGCAAUAACAAAGACACAAGUAUUCCUCUUUCUGGAGCUUACAUUCUAGAUUUCCACUUAAACAGAGUGAAUUUGGAAGAAUCUACAGGAGUGGAAAACUCUCCAGCUGGUGCUAGACCAAAGAGAAAAAACAAGAAAUCUUAUGAUUUAACUCCAGUUGAUAAAUUUUGGCAGAAACAUAAAGGAAGUCCAUUCCCAGAAGUUGCAGAAUCCGUUCAGCAAGAACUAGAAUAUUAUAGAGCACAAGAAGAUGAGGUCAAACGUCUUAAAAGCAUUAUGGGUCUAGAAGGGGAAGAUGAAGGAGCCAUAAGUAUGCUUUCUGACAAUACUGCUAAGCUAACAUCAGCGGUUAGUUCUCUGCCAGAACUCCUUGAAAAGAAAAGACUUAUUGAUCUUCAUACAAAUGUUGCUACUGCUGUUUUAGAACAUAUAAAGGCAAGAAAGCUGGAUGUAUAUUUUGAAUAUGAAGAAAAAAUAAUGAGCAAAACUACUUUGGAUAAAUCUCUUCUCGAUAUAAUAUCAGACCCUGAUGCAGGAACUCCAGAAGACAAAAUGAGACUGUUUCUUAUCUAUUACAUAAGUACACAGCAAGUCCCUUCUGAGGCUGAUUUGGAGCAGUAUAAAAAAGCUUUAACAGAUGCAGGAUGCAACCUUAAUCCUUUACAAUAUAUCAAACAGUGGAAGGCUUUUGCCAAGAUGGCCUCAGCUCCUGCCAGCUAUGGAAACACUACCACUAAACCAAUGGGUCUCUUAUCACGAGUCAUGAAUACAGGAUCUCAGUUUGUGAUGGAAGGAGUGAAGAACUUGGUCUUGAAACAGCAAAAUCUUCCUGUUACUCGUAUUUUAGACAAUCUCAUGGAGAUGAAAUCAAACCCUGAAACUGACGACUACAGAUAUUUCGAUCCCAAAAUGCUACGUGGCAAUGACAGCUCAGUUCCUAGGAACAAAAAUCCAUUUCAGGAGGCAAUUGUUUUUGUGGUGGGAGGAGGCAACUACAUUGAAUAUCAAAAUCUUGUUGACUACAUAAAGGGAAAGCAAGGCAAACACAUUUUAUAUGGCUGCAGUGAGCUUUUUAAUGCUUCACAGUUUAUAAAACAGCUGUCACAACUUGGACAGAAAUAACACAGAAGAACCUUAAUAUGAUAAUCCACUUGGAGCCUGGAUAAAUGUUAAAAAGAAAAGUCAAAAGAGCCAGAUAUUUUCCUUUCUAAAACAAUGUCCUAACAGUGAAACCCAAGAGUUGUUAAUUUUUAAGGAAAUUCUAUACUUAAUAUAAUGUAUACUGAUUAAAAGAAUAAAGCAUUUCAGAAAUAAAAAUUUUAACAUUUU